AUGGCGAAGGUGCAGGUAAAAGCGCAGGGCAGUGGUGUAUCCAAGCGCUCGGUUCGCACCUCGCUCUUCAGUCGCGAAAAACUGUACGUCGUUCAAGAUAAGCAGUCCCGAAAAACGACGUCAGGGAAGGGUUUCCGCUCUGGCCAGCCUAGAUCGAAGCAAAAGUUCUCGAAAUGGCAAGUGUUCAACAUCGUCCGUCGGCUUGUGGUCAUUGCCGCUGCAAUCCAGUAUCUCUACAUCUCCUUGUUGGCCACUUGGAGGACGAUCGACGUUCUUCGAUCGAUGACCAAUCCAAAACAAUCUUUUGGAGUUCUCACGUCGUCACUGAUUGGGGACUACGUUGGGGACGGUCUCAUUCGAGACAGCAAGCUGGUUCAGGAUGUGUUGGGUGGAGAUACAACACCACGAGACUACGCUCUCUUCCUCGAAUCUGACACACAAGUCUCGACCUCAAAUUGCUCGGACGUGCCGCUAUUCAACUCGGACAUUUACAACAACGCGUUCCUCGGUCGCACCUACAUGGAAGUAGUUCGUGAUACCAGCUAUAACACGACAAUCCUCACAGAGUUGGAGCUUGUGGCUGUGGUCGUGGACUGCACCACUACCCAGUUGAAGACGGGGGAUCCGUCCAUUGUACGGGUUUUCAACAUAGUGCGGUCUCUCAAUGACACUACCGAUGUGUCUUUAGUCGAGAUGUCGCUGUCGGUGCAGGACUACACUAUGUGGUCGUACAAGAAAUACGGCCCAGCGAUUGUUGGAAUGGUUACGGUUAUCCAUGACAUGCAGGCAGACAUAACCAAACAGAUCUACAUGAUGGCACCAACGUAUCCGUAUCAGCGCUCUAUGGAGUUUGAAAUUUUCGACUUCAUACGGAUAACCAACAACAGUUACAGAGAACUGCAAAGUAUCCCAAAGGAACCGGAGACAGAGCCAGUAAAGCACUUGGUCACGUCACGGAAACGUGGCUUCUUCGAUGGUGACGUCCAGGCAAAUAUCCACUCCAUGUACUCGUUACUCGAUAAAUCUGACCCAAAAAGUGCGUUAACGACUUGGGAAUGGUAUGGCGAGUCUCAAAUUGAAGACACGUGGGCCUGGGUGCACGGAGUUCAUCUCGUCUUCGGCAUCCAGACGCUUGUUUCGUUAAUCGUGCUGUUUCUAGUGACGUACCAGAAUUUUCGAGCGGGAAAAAUAUGGAUCGGUGACCCAUUUUCUCCCGUAUCGACUGCGACGUUCGUGGGUCGCGCACUCCUUGUAAUGCUGUCGUGGUACGUCAACUCAUUCUGGACUUUGUUUGAGUUCGCGCUGUCCAAUGCUGCAAAGCUGUCAGGAACCGAGAUUGUUCACGUUCACAAAGAACUGGUCCACGCUGACGUCCUGGUCGUGUAUCUCGGUCUUGUGGCGUUUCUAAGCUGGUUGGCUCGAGAACGAAUUGACCCCUCGGUUGCUAUCUUCAUGUUCGAGAUUAUCCACAAGCAUCGCUUGAGCUUCAUCAAAAUCUCUCCCCCAAUUCUACGUAAAAUCGUGAAUUACUCGAACAGUGUGUUUCAACUGGGCAAUGCUCCAAAGUCUGCUGCUGUUGCCGAGAUGUCUCCGCUGUCCUUCUGGCGCACCUUCCAGAUCCCUACAAAGGAUGGCACGUUCCUCGCUGCAUCAUUUUUCCCAAAGAUCAGCUUGUUGGGGAUGAUCGGUUUCUAUGCCGUUAUGCGUAAGAUUUAUCGGUACUUCUUCCCAGAACGAGUUCAACAUAGAUCAGGGCAAAGCACGAAUGUUUCAGGGAAUGAGAAGGCAGCACUCGCGCUGAAAGGGAAUUUUACCAACUUUGAAUUAUCGACGGGUGCAGAGCUUCAGACACGCUUCGGGAUUAUCUCGGACUACAAGAACUACGUGUACUUCAAAGGGAUGAAAUUCGCGUCUGCAGACGGUGUCUAUUGCUCUGGAUAUGUGAUCGUAAACGGCAAAUAUUUGGUGGGAACCAAAAACUUACUUGCGAUUAUCAUGAUGAAACUGGUGCGCGCUCGCUUUACCAAUGUUUACACGUACGAAGUGGACGGCAACACAGUCAAAGAGACCGCAAGACUUGUAUAUCCAGAGACCUUCACGUGGUCCGACUUGUGGCGUCUCAAUGUCACAGUGCUGCUCUAACAUUCGGUUUAAUACAGCACAUCACACAGUAUUAGAGUUAUCGCAGUAUUGUCCUGUCAGUUUCGAGAUAAACUGUAGAUGCAAGCGGAACUUACAUGUCAAUUCAUAAUCAAUUUUUCGGCUUUCGGAUGUGCAGCAUUCGCAGUUGAUGGAGAGUAUACAACGAUACAUUUAUAACAAAAAAAUAAUGAAAUAAAAGC